AUGCAAUUUUUCUCUACUUGUUUCUUGGCUCUUCUCGCCGUUUGCGCUGUUUCUGCGCAAUUCUUACCAUUCUAUCCAGCGGAUCACUAUGAACCAUCAAUCUUCUACAAGCCACCACAAGUCGAAGAGCCAGGACUCUUCAAUUUCAUUCCGAAUGCAGGAAAUGUUCACACCAUCAAUCGUCCACCAACUCCACUUGGAUGGGGAAGAAAAUAA